CUGCGGGCCACGGGUCGGGGUCUCGGCGGCGGCAGCGGCGGCGCGCUGCUGGGCACGCAGCUCCUGGUGGACGUGGUGACGGGGCAGCUGGGCGCCGAGGGCGCGCAGCGAUGCGCCGCGCAGAUCUGCCGCGUCGUCCUCGCCGGCAACCUGCUGAGCCGCAACACGCAGAACCGCGACAGCAUCAACAAGGCCAAGUAUCUGACCAAGAAGACGCAGGCGGCCAGCGUGGAGGCCAUGAAGAUGCUGGAUGAGAUCUUGCUGCAGCUUUGUACCUCGGUGCCUGUGGACGUGAUGCCCGGCGAGUUCGACCCCACCAACUACACGCUGCCGCAGCAGCCCCUGCACCGCUGCAUGCUGCCCCUGUCCAGCGCCUACUCCACGCUGCAGCUGGUCACCAACCCCUACCAGGCCGACGUGGAUGGCGUCAGGUUUCUGGGGACGUCGGGGCAGAACGUCAGUGACAUCUUCAAGUACAGCAGCAUGGACGACUACCUGGAGAUCCUGGAGUGCACCCUGAGGGUGGGACACCUCAGCCCCACGGCCCCGGACACGCUGGGGUGCUACCCCUUCUACGAAUCGGACCCGUUCAUCCUCAGCGAGUGCCCGCACGUCUACUUCUGCGGCAACACCCCCCGCUUCCAGUGCAAGACGGUCACGGGGCCCGCGGGGCAGCGGGUGCUGCUGGUGGCCGUGCCGGCGUUCAGCGCCACGCAGACCGCGGGGCUNNNCAACCUGCGCGACCUCAGCUGCCACCCCCUCAGCUGCUCCGGCUUCGGCGCCGAGGACGACGACGGCGACAUGGACGUCGGGCCCUGA